AGGACCCCAGGGAGCGCGCAUGCGCGGUGGGCGACGAGGUGGCGGAGCGCGGGCUGAGCGGUGGAGAGCAGAGCGAGGGAUCCGUCGCCAUCCGCGCCGCCUUCGCCCCCGCAGCUGGAGCCUCCGCGGCGGAGAGGAAGGCCUGGGCCGCAGAGAGACGGCGAGCGAGCGAGGCCGGGUCUCUGAGGCGGCCUACCAUCCGCCGGCGCCAUGUUCCUUUACAACAUCACGUUGCAGAGAGCCACGGGCAUCAGCUAUGCCAUCCAUGGCAAUUUUUCAGGUACUAAACAGCAAGAGAUUGUUGUUUCCCGAGGGAAGAUCCUGGAGUUGCUUCGCCCCGAUCCCAAUACUGGAAAAGUGCAUACUUUGCUGACAGUCGAAGUCUUUGGGAUCAUUCGCUCCCUCAUGGCCUUCCGCUUAACCGGUGGGACCAAAGACUACAUCGUGGUGGGCAGCGAUUCAGGCCGCAUUGUCAUUCUAGAGUACCAGCCUUCUAAAAAUGUGUUUGAGAAGAUUCACCAGGAAACCUUUGGCAAGAGUGGCUGCCGCAGGAUCGUUCCCGGACAGUACUUGGCUGUGGACCCAAAGGGGAGAGCGGUCAUGAUCAGUGCCAUUGAGAAGCAGAAGCUUGUCUACAUUCUGAACAGAGAUGCUGCAGCCCGCCUCACCAUUUCUUCCCCUUUGGAGGCCCACAAGGCCAACACCUUGGUUUACCAUGUGGUCGGAGUAGACGUAGGCUUUGAAAACCCCAUGUUUGCCUGCCUGGAAAUGGAUUAUGAGGAAGCAGACAGUGAUCCCACAGGAGAAGCAGCAGCCAACACCCAGCAGACCCUGACCUUCUAUGAGUUAGACCUGGGCCUGAACCACGUGGUCCGGAAGUACAGUGAGCCCUUGGAGGAGCAUGGCAACUUCCUUAUCACAGUGCCUGGAGGCUCUGAUGGACCCAGUGGGGUGCUCAUUUGUUCUGAAAACUACAUCACCUACAAAAACUUUGGUGAUCAACCAGAUAUUCGAUGUCCCAUUCCCAGAAGGCGGAAUGACUUGGAUGAUCCCGAAAGAGGCAUGAUCUUUGUUUGCUCUGCUACACACAAGACAAAGUCUAUGUUCUUUUUCUUGGCUCAGACAGAGCAGGGUGAUAUCUUCAAAAUCACCUUGGAGACUGAUGAGGACAUGGUCACAGAAAUCCGCCUCAAGUACUUUGACACUGUUCCAGUAGCUGCUGCCAUGUGUGUGCUGAAAACAGGGUUCCUCUUUGUGGCUUCUGAGUUUGGGAACCACUACCUCUACCAGAUCGCUCACCUGGGAGACGACGAUGAGGAGCCCGAGUUCUCCUCUGCCAUGCCUUUGGAGGAAGGGGACACGUUCUUUUUCCAGCCCCGGCCGCUCAAGAACCUGGUGCUGGUGGAUGAGCUGGAUAGCCUGUCUCCCAUCUUGUGCUGCCAGAUAGCUGAUCUAGCGAAUGAAGAUACGCCUCAGUUAUAUGUGGCCUGUGGAAGGGGCCCCCGGUCAUCCCUCAGGGUCCUCAGGCAUGGACUCGAGGUGUCUGAAAUGGCCGUUUCGGAGUUGCCUGGUAACCCCAAUGCUGUAUGGACCGUCAGGAGGCAUGUUGAAGAUGAAUUCGAUGCCUACAUCAUUGUGUCCUUCGUCAAUGCCACGCUUGUGCUGUCGAUCGGGGAAACAGUAGAGGAAGUGACAGACUCCGGGUUCCUUGGCACCACCCCAACGUUGUCCUGCUCCUUGUUGGGGGACGAUGCCCUGGUGCAGGUUUAUCCUGAUGGUAUCCGGCACAUCAGAGCGGACAAGCGAGUUAAUGAAUGGAAAACCCCAGGGAAGAAAACCAUUGUCAAGUGUGCUGUGAAUCAGAGGCAGGUGGUGAUCGCUUUGACCGGAGGAGAGUUGGUCUACUUCGAAAUGGACCCGUCUGGCCAACUGAAUGAAUACACUGAGAGGAAGGAAAUGUCGGCUGAUGUGGUGUGCAUGAGCCUGGCCAACGUUCCCCCUGGAGAGCAGCGCUCCCGGUUCCUUGCUGUUGGUCUGGUGGACAAUACCGUUCGCAUCAUUUCCCUCGACCCUUCUGAUUGUCUGCAGCCUCUAAGCAUGCAGGCCCUCCCUGCCCAGCCAGAAUCGCUGUGCAUUGUGGAAAUGGGGGGUGCGGAGAAGCAGGAUGAGCUGGGGGAGAGAGGCUCCAUUGGAUUCUUGUACCUGAACAUUGGCUUGCAGAAUGGUGUGCUGCUCCGGACUGUGCUUGACCCGGUCACUGGAGAUCUUUCUGACACUCGGACCAGGUAUCUCGGGUCACGCCCUGUGAAGCUCUUCCGCGUCCGGAUGCAAGGCCAAGAAGCGGUGCUGGCCAUGUCGAGUCGUUCGUGGCUGAGCUACUCCUAUCAGUCGCGCUUCCACUUAACCCCCCUCUCAUACGAGACGCUGGAGUUUGCCUCUGGCUUUGCCUCAGAGCAAUGCCCAGAAGGCAUCGUUGCCAUCUCCACAAACACACUGAGGAUUCUGGCACUGGAGAAGCUGGGCGCUGUCUUCAACCAGGUUGCCUUCCCACUUCAGUACACCCCUAGGAAGUUUGUCAUCCACCCCGAGAGCAACAACUUAAUCAUCAUUGAGACCGACCACAAUGCCUAUACGGAAGCAACCAAAGCCCAGCGAAAGCAGCAGAUGGCAGAGGAAAUGGUGGAAGCUGCAGGGGAAGACGAGCGGGAAUUGGCUGCAGAGAUGGCAGCUGCUUUUCUGAACGAGAACCUCCCAGAGUCCAUCUUUGGUGCCCCAAAGGCAGGGAAUGGGCAGUGGGCCUCCGUUGUCAGGGUGAUGAACCCCAUUCAGGGAAACACUUUGGACCUCGUCCAGCUGGAGCAGAAUGAAGCAGCCUUCAGUGUGGCAGUGUGCCGGUUUGCCAACAGUGGGGAUGACUGGCAUGUUCUGGUGGGCGUAGCCAAGGACCUGAUCCUGAACCCACGCUCUGUGGCUGGAGGGUUUGUCUACACCUACAAGCUGGUGAAUAAUGGUGAGAAGCUUGAGUUCCUCCACAAGACCCCAGUGGAGGAGGUGCCAGCAGCCAUUGCUCCCUUCCAGGGCCGGGUUCUCAUUGGCGUGGGGAAACUCCUGCGAGUGUAUGACUUGGGCAAGAAGAAGCUGCUCCGGAAGUGUGAGAAUAAGCACAUUGCCAAUUACAUCUGUGGGAUCCAGACCAUUGGGCACCGAGUGAUCGUGUCCGACGUCCAAGAGAGCUUCAUCUGGGUGCGCUACAAAAGGAAUGAGAACCAGCUCAUAAUUUUUGCGGACGACACGCAUCCGCGCUGGGUCACCACUGCCUGCCUCCUGGACUAUGACACUGUGGCCGGGGCAGACAAGUUUGGCAACAUCUGCGUGGUGAGACUGCCACCAAACACGAAUGACGAGGUUGACGAAGACCCAACGGGCAACAAGGCACUGUGGGACCGAGGACUUCUCAAUGGCGCUUCCCAGAAGGCGGAGGUGAUCAUGAACUACCAUGUGGGAGAAACGGUGCUCUCUCUCCAAAAGACAACGCUGAUCCCCGGAGGCUCCGAGUCCCUGGUCUACACUACCUUGUCUGGGGGCAUUGGCAUCCUGGUCCCAUUCACGUCACAUGAGGAUCAUGAUUUCUUCCAACACGUUGAGAUGCACCUCAGGUCUGAGCACCCUCCUCUCUGCGGGAGAGACCACCUCAGCUUCCGCUCCUACUACUUCCCUGUCAAGAACGUCAUUGAUGGAGACCUCUGCGAACAGUUCAACUCCAUGGAACCCAACAAACAGAAGAAUGUAUCCGAAGAACUGGACAGGACCCCUCCGGAGGUCUCCAAAAAGCUGGAGGACAUUCGCACUCGCUACGCGUUCUGAGCAGGGCCCCUGCAGGGCUUUGGCAAAGACUUUUCCUCCAGAGAUGGUUUAAUGAAGACCUGGUCCCCUGCACCCAUCCCUUCCUUGUUCUUGGUGCCUCUGCACCUGCUGUGGGCAUUCCUUCUGUAUUCUGCCCCAGGGCCUCACCCAUUUCAGGAGCUGCACUGGGGAGACUUGGCAACCCUUGGACAGUGCCCUCAUGGCCUCCUUCCCUGGCCCAGAUGCCUCCACACAGCUGCCCACCUUGGCACUCUUUUUGUGAGACUGUGAGGAGCCAAAAAGGGUGGAAGGGGGGGGGCAGUGCCAGGGAAGGGUUCUGUUUUUAUCUCUGUGUUGUAAAUAUAGUCUUGAUACCACAUUAGUCUUUACCAUUUGUAGAGGUGGCCACUGUGAUCUGGCCCUAAAGCAUUUUGUUUUUCAUUUUUAGAAGAAAACAUGGCUUCUGCAUUAAAGUUUGAGCAGCAAA